CCAAUCGUCAGUACAACCCCGCAAGACUACAACAAGGCUGGGAGUGGGAGGGACGACUUGGGAAGCAAAACAUGGCGAAAUAACAAGUUUGGCUGUUAGCUGCAGUUUGCAAUUGCACCGUAUCUGUAGUGUUGGACUACAACUUCAAGUUCCUAAAAACUGGACGCUGGAGAACGACAGCAACGUUUAACUUUAAAUAGUCGAGGGCCCCAGCUUACAAGUAUUACGGUGGCUGGCGAGAACAGUGCCUGCCUGUCUGCCUGUGUUUUCCCCGGAAGGUUGGCAGUGCUAGGCGCGACUGUCAACACAGAAAAUGGAUGAAGACGGAAAGUUUAUUCUGCAAAUGACUAUUUAACCUGCUAGCUUAGCUACGGUAGCUACCCCGUUAACUAUCGAUUGAUCGCGCGCACCUGACACGGUAUUCACAUUGCCGCGCGCUCCGGUCGAAAUUUGAGGAAUUAAGUCGUUUUAACUUCUUUGACAACUGCAGUCGUAAAGAACCGUAUUUCAAACGGGGCCUGUAUUGUCAUUUUCCGCCCUUAUCGCACAGUAUUAUCCCGAGAAGUCCUCUAUUUAAGGCAAAUAAUGAGAGUGUGACGGGUGGUUCUGGUGCGGUGCGGACGGACCCGGACGCCAUCACAUCAGACGUCGCGUUCUCCUUAAAAACAACCAUUUCGUUGCAACGCCGUAAAUGUUAUUUUAUACUUUAUCAGCGUAACAACGUAACACCAGACAUAUGUGGUAGUUUCCCCCCGCGGCACGGAUCAUUUUAUCACGAUUAACAAUUGCUGGGAUGUUGUACAGCAGCGAAGACGCGGAGUCUUGUCAAAAUGAACGCAGCAAGGUGUUCAACAACAGUGGAGGUGCAGCGCAUUGAAAACCUGCCAGUUGUUGAGACGGUCCCGAUGGCCGGCUAACGGUGACGUUAACAGUUUGUAGAAAUCUUUUAUUUUGAGUUGAAUGUGUUUUGGUCGGAUAUCGCGACCGGUAUUCCUGUAAAACAACUGCGGAUAACAUCGCUCUCGGCCAGAGUUGACGUGAGCUAGCCAGCUGGGUGCGUCUGUGGCAGCUCUAUCUGCGGUGUGUUUGCUAAUUUAAGUGCUACCGUGUUGUUCCGCAACAGUUUCAGCAUAUUAGACGCCCCGCUAGCUCUAUUUUCCCUGUAGGUAAACCAUUUAAAGCUCGUUUCAGCUGCCACUUGCACCCCCCUCCUCCUCCCCAAGUACUUCUCGUUAAAUAAGUGGCUAACUUGUUAGCUACCGUUCUAAGUUUCACCAGCUAUGUCUGAAAACGCCCCCACACGAAGCCUGGAUGACAUCGACCUCGCAGCUCUGAGGGAUCCAGCAGGAAUCUUUGAGCUGGUCGAGGUUGUCGGCAAUGGGACAUAUGGGCAGGUGUACAAGGGCCGUCACGUUAAGACGGGCCAGCUUGCUGCCAUCAAGGUGAUGGAUGUUACAGAGGAGGAAGAAGAGGAGAUCAAAGCAGAAAUCAACAUGCUGAAAAAAUACAGCCACCACCGCAACAUAGCCACGUAUUACGGUGCCUUUGUCAAGAAGAGUCCACCAGGACACGAUGACCAACUUUGGCUGGUGAUGGAGUUUUGUGGGGCGGGGUCAGUGACAGACUUGGUGAAAAACACUAAGGGCAGCUCUCUAAAAGAGGACUGGAUCGCUUACAUCUGCAGAGAGAUCCUAAGGGGCCUUUCUCACCUCCAUGCCCAUAAAGUUAUCCACAGAGACAUCAAGGGCCAGAACGUGCUGCUAACAGAGAAUGCAGAGGUCAAACUUGUUGAUUUUGGGGUGAGUGCUCAGUUGGACAGGACCGUUGGGCGUAGGAACACCUUCAUUGGCACACCUUACUGGAUGGCACCUGAGGUUAUUGCCUGUGAUGAGAACCCUGACUCCACCUAUGACUACAGGAGUGAUAUCUGGUCCCUGGGGAUCACAGCCAUUGAAAUGGCAGAGGGAGCUCCUCCCUUGUGUGACAUGCACCCGAUGAGAGCCCUCUUCCUGAUUCCCAGGAAUCCCCCUCCGAAACUUAAAUCCAAAAAAUGGUCCAAGAAAUUCAUUGACUUUAUAGAGGGCUGUCUCGUGAAGACAUAUCCUAGUCGACCAUCCACAGAGCAGCUGCUCAAGCACUCCUUCAUCAGGGACCAGCCCACUGAGCGCCAGGUCCGAAUCCAGCUCAAAGAUCAUAUUGACCGUACGCGCAAGAAAAGGGGAGAGAAAGAAGAGACAGAGUAUGAGUACAGUGGUAGUGAUGAAGAGGAUGAAAAUCGUGGAGAUGACCGAGAGUCAAGUUCAAUCCUCAAUGUGCCCGGUGAGUCCACCCUGAGGCGGGACUUCCAGCGUCUGCAGCAGGAGAACAAAGAGCGCUCGGAGGCUCACAAGAGGCAGCAGGCCCAACUGGCUGCUCAGCGUAGGGACCCUGAGGAACACAAGAGGCAACUGUUGCAUGACCGACAGAAACGCAUUGAAGAACAGAAGGAACAGCGUCGUCGACUUGAAGAGCAACAGAGAAAAGAGCGAGAGAUGGUGAGGCAGCAAGAAAAAGGUCCCCAUCGGAGACUUGACGAUAUGAGACGGGAGGAAGAUAGAAGGUUGGCUGAGAGGGAGCAGGAGUUCAUCAGACAUAAGUUAGAAGAAGAGCAGCGGCAGUUAGAAAUCCUUCAGCAGCAGUUGCUUCAGGAACAAGCACUGCUUAUGGAGUAUAAGCGCAAGCAGCUGGAGGAACAGCGUCAGUCAGAGCGGCUGCAGAGGCAGCUGCAGCAGGAGCAUGCCUACCUGGUGUCUCUGCAGCAACAGCAGCAAGAAAAGAAGCCCCAGCUCUACCACUAUAACAAAAAUCUGGAGCCAAACAACAAACCUACUUGGGCCCGUGAGGUGGAGGAGCGAAGUAAACUCAACAGACAGGGCUCACCCAAGAUCUGCACCACUGUGUCUGACACUGCCAUCCAGUCACGCUCUGACUCAAUCAGCCAAUCAGGCGUGGUCCAGUCUGCUCAGACCCCACCAAUGCAGAGGCCAGUUGAACCCCAAGGGGGGCAGGGAAAGUUCCAGAUGGCUCACUUGGUUCCACUGAAGCCUUAUGCUGCCCCUGUCCCUCGCUCCCAAUCCCUCUGUGACCAGCCCACUAAGACCAUGUCUGCCUUCCCCACCCAGGAUCCCUCCCUUACCCCCACACCCCGCCCCAUCCACUCUAGGGAGCUGGUUCGUCAAAACUCAGACCCCACUUCUGAAACCCCGGCACCACAGGCACACCAAAUCAGAGAAGAUCGCGGCCCCUGGAUUCGCCUGCCAGAUGUGGAACUCCCACCCAAGAUUCCACAGAGGACAGCGUCUAUUGCCACUGCUCUCAACACCAACCUGACCUCUGGCAUAAGGCAUCCAGUAAGAGCCAGCAAUCCAGAUCUCAGCCGCAAUGAUCGCUGGGAGAGAGGAGACAGUAUGAGCAUCAUAUCCAAUCUGCCUCAGACUGGCUCUCUAGAGAGGCAUCGCAUCCUCAGUUCCUCCAAAAUGGAUUCGCCCAUUCUCUCGCAUGAUAGUCGUCAUAAGCCAGGGGAGUCUCGCACCUCCUCCCGCCCUGGGCGCCCUGCUAGUUACAAGAGAGCUAUAGGGGAGGACCAUGGCCUCUUUGCCAAGGAGCGUGCUGAGGAGCAGCCAAGGCCCCCAGUCAAAGCCAAUGAUUACUCCUCCUCAUCGGAGAGCAGUGAAAGCAGUGAGGAGAGUGAAAGUGGCGAAGGAGCAGAGGAGGAAGAAAGCCCCACAGACCGUCACAGGGAUGCAGACACUGAUUCAGUCAACACUAUGGUGGUUCAUGAAGACGAGGGCGAGGGGGGAGAGGGAGAGCAAGCUGGAGGAUAUGGGGAUCAGACCAUGCUGGUGCAGAGGACCCCAGAGAAGCGGAGCCAUAAUGGGUACACUAACUUGCCAGAUGUGGUGCAGCCCUCCCACUCCCCCACUGAUUCAGCUACUCACUCCUCCCCUGGGAAGGACUCUGUUUAUGAUUAUCAGUCCAGAGGUUUGGUUAAAGCAUCUGGAAAGUCCUCCUUCACCACCUUUGUAGAUCUGGGCAUGUAUCAGUCCCCAGGAAGUACAGGGGAUAACAUGUCUGUCACUGGCUCCAGGUUUGAGCAGCUGAAGAUGGAAGUGAGGAAAGGAUCCAUGGUGAAUGUCAAUCCCACCAACACACGCCCCCCAAAUGACACACCUGAGAUCCGCAAGUACAAGAAGAGGUUUAACUCUGAGAUCCUGUGUGCUGCGCUCUGGGGUGUGAACCUGUUGGUGGGUACAGAGAACGGUUUGAAGCUGCUGGACCGUAGUGGUCAGGGCAAGGUUUACCCCCUCAUCAACUCCCGCAGGUUCCAACAGAUGGACGUCCUGGAGGGCCUCAACCUGCUCAUCACCAUAUCAGGCAAGAAAAACAAGGUCCGUGUCUACUACCUGGCCUGGCUGAGGAACAAGAUCCUCCACAAUGACCCAGAGGUGGAGAAGAAGCAGGGUUGGACCACUGUGGGGGAGAUGGAGGGGUGUGUGCACUACAAAGUGGUGAAAUAUGAGCGGAUAAAGUUCCUGGUGAUUGCUUUGAAGAAUGCGGUGGAAGUCUAUGCUUGGGCGCCUAAACCUUAUCACAAAUUCAUGGCCUUCAAGUCUUUUGCAGACCUGCCACACAGGCCUGUCCUAGUCGACCUGACAGUGGAGGAGGGUCAGAGGUUGAAGGUCAUCUACGGUUCCUGUGCUGGCUUCCAUGCCAUCGACGUGGACUCUGGAAACAACUAUGACAUUUAUAUCCCUGUUCAUAUUCAGAGCCAUGUGACACCACAUGCAAUUGUGUUCCUGCCAAGCUCAGAUGGCAUGGAGAUGCUGCUGUGCUAUGAGGAUGAGGGUGUCUACGUCAACACCUACGGACGCAUCAUCAAGGACGUGGUCCUGCAGUGGGGCGAGAUGCCCACAUCUGUUGCUCAUAUCUGCUCAAAUCAGAUCAUGGGAUGGGGAGAAAAGGCCAUUGAGAUCCGUUCUGUGGAGACUGGCCACCUGGACGGUGUCUUCAUGCACAAAAGAGCUCAGAGGCUGAAGUUCCUUUGUGAGAGAAACGACAAGGUGUUCUUUGCGUCAGUGCGCUCCGGAGGCAGCAGCCAGGUGUACUUCAUGACCUUGAACAGAAACUGCAUCAUGAACUGGUGAAGGAACAGCUGCUCUGGUCAGUGUGUGGAACCCAGCAGGGUUUGGAGAAGGAAGUGCAUCCGAAAUUCUCUCAAAACGCAUGCACACAAAUGUGAACACCUCUCUAUCUUUCUCUCCAGCUCGCUCUCACUCACGCACUCAUGCUCUAAAGACACACACUCAACUCUCAUAGACAACACACACACAUACACAAACACAAUCUCUAAAUCCAUUCCAGCCUACACUACUCCAGAUGCAGUUUCUACCGAGGCCCCCUGAUAACAUUCUCCCUUGAAUCAUCACAAAAAAAAAAUCGCUGAUGAUCUUCAAAUGUUAAUACCAUCUCUUAAUUUCUACUGUGUAUAUAUUCUUGUCUUGAUUUACUUGGUGGACCUGUGUUCAGUCGUGAAUAUUUAGUUCCUCAUUGUGAAGUAUGUUAAAAACAUUCCUUGAUGGUUUCUAAAGUACGUUUUGAAGAAGGCAUUAUUUACCUAUACUGUAUGUCGAAAUGAAGCUGUAAAUAGGUAGCACCUUACACUUAGAUCACUUAGAUCUGAAUCAUUUGCAGGCCUCAUAUAUAUCCUCCACCGGACACAUGGACGUCAAAUAAUAAAAUGCUGGAACGUCCAUCUGCAGUGGAUUCUUUUGGGGCUCCCACAAUUUCAUGGGGGCUUAAAGGAAGGAUUUAGUACAAACAGACCAUAUUACAAAGGGACACUGAAGUCAGGACAAAGUAGCUUGUUUAAAUAUUUUUAGUUAUCUUUAGUAGACAGUAACCUAAAGUCCUGCUUUCACUGACUUUUUCUGGCCUGUAUGGAAAAUUGUGUUGCAACUCUUAAUCAUGGCAAGUAACCAUUGAAUGCUUUAAAAGCUAAAUAAGUUCAGUUUAAAAAUGAAUAAAUAUUCAAAAUCAAUCAGAAGUCUCAUAAAUGUGCAGUACGCAGAAUCAGUACUGUGAAAUCUCCUGCUUUGCCUUUUUUUCUAUGGUUUAUGUGAAACCAUCAGGCUUUUUGUUUUCAUAGAUUUACAAAAUACAAAAAUUUGUUAUUUAUAUGUAGUGAUUCUGUAUUGGUAUUAGCCUACUGGUAUCCUUAAUUUUACUGUAAUUAUAUUGCUAUUAUAUUGCAAUAUACACUAUUCUUGUGGAGUCUAUGUUUGAAGAGGGGAGUUAAUGUGUUUGGCUGGUAGUGUUAGGGAGUAUGAUGACAACAUAUGAGGAUGUUAGAGAAAUGUGGAAGGAGGCGUCUCUGAGAUUAAAGUGAUUAAGCGAGAUCACUUUCGGAGUCCUUUCUACUACAGCGAUCUACUCUACUGUAUUAUAUUUCGGUUCUUAGACUAUUUGACUAGUGUGGAUCUUUUUGUGGGAAGUGUUUAUCCAGGGGAUUGCAGUAGAACAGCUCUUAGUGUGGUACAGCUCAUAUUUGUCUUAGGCCAGUGGAAAGAUUUAAUGUAGGGCGACUCUGCAAUACCACAGAGGACUCCAUCUCAUCAGGCACUUUGGAGCACACGGCUGGAAGACAUGAGACUUAAUAUAUUUUAUAUCUUUACAUUCUGCCAAAGUUCACAGCCUAUUCUGCAACGGGGGUAUUAAUCAAGGCCAAAGGGGAGGAUUGGGCUUAAAUGGCAACUAGAGAUUUAAGAAAAUCUUCCUAUACAUCACCAACCAAUGUUCCUUUCAGUAUAUACAUCCAAAACGUCAGCUGACCUCUCACUAAUAUUUUGGUAUAAUGCUUUAUUAGCUGCUUGGGAUAUUCCCUAUAGACUUUCACUCUGUGUGUUAGUUAGUUGUGCAUAGUCCCCCCCCCUUUUUUUUUUUUUUUUAAGGGAACUUACUGCCUGCUCUGUUUUGGCAGCUGCCUAGGGGAGAUACUGUGCUCCCACAUACACCAGGCAGUACGGUAGAAAUAUGAGGUUAUCAGGAAGUAGCUUUGUGAUUUUCUGUCAGCAGUGAGUAGGUCAACACAUGAUUCACUUGGUUAUAAGAGCACUGUGCGCCACAGCACUUUAACAGGUGGACAUUAUAAAGUCAACAUCUUUUUUUCUCCACUCUUAUCAUGCAUCUUAUCAGCAUGGAGUUGUUGGGAAAUUUUCAACAAGUUAGUUAAUCUGCUUAUAAAUAAAUGCUGACAUGAUAAUGUUAAAAGCUUUAGGAUACUAUGAAAGGAAUCUUGGCUCGUGAUCAAUGGGAUCGUCUGCUAAACGUUGCUUUUUAAGCUAUGGAGGUAUAUUUUAUAUAGUCAAAAAGAAAGCCAUUAAGAAUGCAGUGUAUGAUCAGGGCAGAGAGCGUUUAAUCAUUAUAUAAAUGGAUGGUUAAUUUUAUGGUGAGAUUAUAAAACAAACUGUAAAUGGAAAGCACUUUCACUUCAGUAAACCUACAUUUACAGAUAUAUCUUGAGCAGAUACUUUGGUGUGCAUGUAAGCCAUUGAAAUAGAGUAUAUAGUACUGUAUCAAAGUUGUUUUCCCCAAAUGUGUUUUUAUUCUUAAAUAUUUGUUAUGUGCCAUGGCCUACAUUUCAAAUGUCACAGUUACAAUCCACCACAAGCUCUGGCACUCAUACUUUUUAUGGUCAAAUCAUAAUUUUUUUAUCACUCUGCCAUGUUUACAGUUUAAGCAGUGCCUUGGAGUUGGGAAGGCGAGAGGUUUAAGGAUGGGUUAUGAGCCCCCCUCAUCCCCACUUGUCUCUUACUUGAAAUCACGAAGAAGAGGCACAACUAUAUUUGCUCCCACGUUAGGAUUUCUGUCCUGUGCCAGUUAAGUGCUCUUAAGUCAAAUCCAGAAUAUCCUGUAGAUGGACUUGAAAUACUUUUUUGGCACCACAUAACCUAAAAUGAUCAUCAGAAGAUUAUCCAUUCAGAAAGUUGCAAUAACAGAUAAGUUAAUACAUGUCCGAAUAAUCCAGUGUAACGUCUAAAGGGUUCUACUCGCAGUGGGAGCCAGCAUAGAGAAAAGCCAUACGUAUGAAAUGUGUUUGUAGAGAAAACUUGGUACUUGUGCACAGAUACAAAUUCAACUCUUGUGUGUGAUGUCUGCUCAGAAAAUGUAGGUUCUUGCAGCAAAGAUGAGUUAGGCUUGUUCUUUAAAGGUGUUGAUUGUGUAAUCUUGUAGUGGGGAAAUUAGCUUGAUAUAUUCUGAAAAGCCUAUUUUAUAAAAUAUGUAAAUUAGUCUAUACUGAGAAAUAAAAGUGAAUGUACAUCUAUAAGACAGAUUUGUAUUUAUAUAAAAUGUGUACUGCUCUAUUAAUCAAAGCACAAUGUAUUUUAAGGCAGAUAGAUCAAAGCUAUAAGUGUAACAGAGAGAUGGAGUUUUUUUUCCUCAUUCACUCAGCAGUCGUCAAACUCGUCAGUGUGUAAUCAGUCUAAGUAGUUGGUUACAGUGAAUCUAGUCUUCUUGUUACCAGAGGAGUCAGCUGUGGCUGCGAUUCAGACACUAGUGGUGACUCGCGGAUGGGUGUCUGAUCUGGCCUCCGGUGUAAAUUGCCAACGUUGACAGGCUUUUAAUAAGCUCAGGUGAUGACAGGAUCAUCACGCUGGUGGUGAAGGGCGCAGCAAUGACCCUGGUGAGGUUAUUGGCUCCUGGCUUUGGGAUUGUGUAUCAAAAGAGACAGCGUUUAGUAAGUAAAAUAAUCGAUCAAUUAGUGACGAUGGUACAGAAUACAGACAAAGACAAAUGGUCUGUUAUCAUUUCUUGACAACUUAAGUUGAUGCAUUUUUGUCACCAGGUAUGAGCGUUCUUAAAGGGGAACUCCACCGACUUAGUUUAGCACUUCUGUAACAUAGUGGGACUUAAGAUGGACAGUUUAAUUUUAAGAAAAGUGUCAAAAGCGAUAUAUAGAUUUUUUUUUAUUCCAACAAUCAAGCAAUCUUUCUUGUGAAAAUCUGGCACUUACAUUACCCACAAUGCAACUUGGCUGCUGGCGGUUCGGUCGGAGUUCUGCCUGUGUUAUGCUAGUAGCGGCUAAUGUAGCCUCUAGCAUCAACAAGGGAUGAGGAGCGGACUGAAGAGGUCUGGUAAGCCAACGCUGACCAGCACUGCCUUAAGUGACAUCACAUGAGGCAAUGUAUCGGACCUCUGGAGCCACAAAACACUUUACCCAACAUUUUUCAUACAUGCAGUAGUACUUACUACGAGUACCAAGACCUGUAAACAUACUUUGAUAUGUCCAAUCAGCGGAGUUCUCCUUUAAUACACAUACUUGCAUUAUAUAACAUUUACUUUGAAUACUUAACUGCAUUUGUACAUCGGCUGUGGUGCACAAGCUUAGUGUGGCACAUCACAUUACUUCAUUUGCAGUUCAAUAGGAUAAAAUGUCUAAAGUACACAGGAGAUAGCGGUUCAUUACCAUAGAAUUUAUUUAAUCAUCAUCAUCUUUAUUGCCUGAUUUGUGUUGACAGUUGUUUUUUCUGGAUAGCAUUGCAAGUAAAUUAUUUGACUAUUUUAAGAAAACCCUUAUUUUACACAUUAAACUGAUUUUAAAAACGAGCUCCAAGCUCAAAAUCAUAACUAAUGCCUUGUGAUAAAUAUCUGCCUGAUUGGGGCAGUCACUUCUAAAUAUUAAACUAGUUGUCUAAUUUCAUGCAGCAGACAUUCUUAUAAUGGGUUGCAGUUUGUAACACAGAAGAGUAGUUCUGGUUGUUGACUUCCAUAAAAGCACCUUAAGGUGUCAAAGUGCUAUUUCAUUUUGUGCCAAGAGCCAUUAAAAGACCUGAACCUCACAACUCAUUAGUUUUAGGGAAACUUUGUGUGAGUCUGACCACAAGCAUGAACACAUUUGAUUGCUGAAUUUGUCUAACUGCACAAAGUUUGUCAUCAGAAAAACAGAGGCACCACUGAGUCGUCGGUGGAGCGCUGAAGGUGUAGAACAUCGUCCUGAGAGACAGUCGUCCAGUCGGAUGAUGACACUUCUUUUUAAUAAGCAAUACAAGCAUUUGAACAAAUCAAAACCAUAGCUGUCCAUGUCAGUGUGACUUGCAGGAAGUGAUCCUUCAGUGGCCUUUGGCAGACUGAAUGUAGGCUGGUUUGUGUGUCGCUUGUUACAGAAAUCACUCUGUACUUUACUUUUGCUUGAAAUCUGGAGAAAUAACUGCUUCUCUGUAAAUCACCGUUUGGGAUGCUUGUUCUUGUUUUGCUGUAAUGAAAUCCCAGAAACUGCCUUUAUGAACUUUAAGUAUCAAAAUAAAUAUAUAUAUAUAUAUAUAUAAUAUAUAUAAUUCUGAUGAGGCACUCCUCUCGCAUAGCUUACAUUUCUAAUCAAUGACGUAUGAAUGGAUUAGCAGCUGUAACUGGGAGUGAGGCAGAUCAAAUUUGGGGAGCUCUAAAACGACAUGGAUCUUUGGACUGAACUACAAUAUCUAUUAUUCUUUUUUCAAUAACUUUUUUUUUUUUAAGACGGUAAACAUCUUUGCAAUGUUUUAGUGUGUGUGCGCGCGUCUGUGUUACUUGUGAGAGGUUAACUCCAGAUUGUAUUUCAUAGACUGAUAAACUUUAAACUUUCAAAAAAUUGUGUUGAAUGAAUUCAUGUCUUAAUACAGAAUUGUUUGAAAAAUAAAAUACCUUGAUCUCAUUUGA